CUGAACAAUGAUCAACAGAGUGCUAACACACACAGACCCAGUCUGUAACAGGUGUAAUCACUCCUUCAGAAUGGCUUUGGUGGUGCUGAUAUCGCUUAUCCUCCCCUCUCUGGGGUUUGCAGGUGCUGACGAGGAGUGUGUGUACGCUACUGUCGGGAAGACCAAGGUGAUUGACCAUGAUUAUCCGGGCCUGGAAUUGUUUGAACAGUCAUUCCACUUACGGUGGACCCAUGACUCUAAGAUAGUUUACGACAACAUGAAGAAUACUGCAAAGAAAUACCAGACCACAAAGAAUGGUUCUCUGUUACUGGAGAACCUACAGCUGGAUAACGCUGGGACGUAUCAGGCUACCAUCUACGACAACCUGGGAAAUCACAUGAAGUCUACCGUAACUCGCCUGUGUCUGCUCGUGCCUGUAUCUAAACCCCGUCUGACACACACCUGUGAUGGAACAUCUGUCACUCUGAGGUGUGACGUGGGGAACCCUGGGGUUGUGAACAUUGUGUGGCAACAUAACGGAAACACGCUGCCAGGACAGACAGGCGCUACUCUGACCAUAACCAAGGCAACGCUCAAACCUGAAGACAGUUAUACGUGUACAGCGAGUAUUAAAACCAGUGAGGAGAAGAGUGAUGAUGUUCACCCUGAAUGUACAGUGGCUGUGUCUAAACCACGUCUGACACACACCUGUACUGACUCAUUUGUCACUCUGAGGUGUGAUGUGGGAAACCCUGUGAAUGUGCACGUGACAUGGAGCCGUAACAGAAACACACUGCCAGGACAGACAGGCGCUACUCUGACCAUAACCAAGGCAACGCUCAAAUCUGAAGACAGUUAUGCGUGUACAGCGAGUAUUAAAGACAGCGAGGAGAAGAGUGAUGAUGUUCACCCUGAAUGUACAGAUGAUGAUUCCUCUCCAGUGCUCUUGUUUGGGAUGGAGCUAUGGCUGAUGGUGUUGAUUCUGGCUGGCGGAGGUGGUCUGCUCCUCAUCCUCAUCACCUUGGGGUGUGUCUGCAGGAGCCACAGGCAGCACAAGAGACGCCUAGAAGAGGAGGAGGAGAUGAGACUGGCCCCCCUCACCCAUCCCACACGUCCAGCACCAACAAAGGGCCCAAAGCUGACACAGGCCCCAUAACAGAGCAGCGUCUCAGGCCACAACAAACUCCGGACCUCAGGUUUGACCCAGGUCUCCACAGCAAGCACCAGAUGAUGCUCAGACUCAGCCCAUACCAAUGCCCAGGUGGACAGGACCACGAAACCACAGGAAUUUGCGAUGUGUGUGUGUGUGUGUGUGUG